AUGGCCGUAGACGAGGAACGGUCGAGGAAGAGGAGGAAGGUAGACGGCAGCACUUCCGCCACGUCUAUAUCCUUCAAGAGCGCCGACCAGAUACACAGGCUUCUCCAGUCCUCACAAGGCUCAUCUCCUCAGGUUGUAGCAGCGAUUGAACGAUUCAAACACUUUCUGUACCAAAUCUCCGAGGACCAAAACAUUGCAUCCCAGACUGGGCAGUUGAAGGUCCUGAAGGAAUAUUGCGACCUGCAAUCCUCUGCCUCCCAUGAGGAGGUCGAUUUCCCGGAUCUCCUGUCAAUAUGGUACUCUGCAAGCCAAAGCAACGAUGAGGCCGUCCUGUCUGCUGUCCCAUCUGUUCUCACUCAAUUCUUCCGAACAAUAUCUAGCCAGCUCGAGUUUCGGGAAUUUGGUCUUUCCCUGUGUCACAGCUUGUUGAAGCGAGAUCAAUUGCGGAUUUUCGACAAGGGCUUAUCACUCCCGCGCUCCAAACAGCAGAUCAUCACGCCCUGUCUACAGCUCUUGACCGAGAUCAUCAGCUUUGACGGAGGUGCCCUCGCCAGCAAUGUCUUUGGCCGGCGGGAUUACCUGUACAGACGACUUGAUGGCCUUCUUUCCCAAUUACCAUCUGAAUCAACAGACACGCCCACGCCAACGCCAACGUCCGGCGUACAUAAAGCAGCGCUGGAGUUUCUCUUGGCCAGCUUGAAGUACUUGGACUCCGAGUCAAAGACCGAGCUCAUUACCCAUGGCCGAACUCUAUAUUCUGCGGUUCGCAGUCUUCCGAGCGGAAGUGCCGAUGUCAUCACCAAGGCUCUAGAUACCCUGGAGAGGUCGGUGCUGGCGGACGAGAGCCUUGCCAAACAAAUCAAGCGUCGUUGUUUCAACUCGGGCUUUCUGGCUGCGUUGGCUAAGCUGUAUGACUAUCCGGUGGAAUCUUCCUCCGCUGGAGACGGAGGUGAUCAUUCGACAAGCGUUCGCGAGGCUUUACAGCGACUAUUACUCCAGGUAUGUACCACUACAAAGGGAGUUCUGGUUCCUCAAACAGGCUGGUACCCCCCCGGUACGAAUCCCGAAUCGCUUCAGAAAGACGACAGCAUGAUUGAUUUGGGACUGGACUCCCCCUUUUAUUUCGACGACUUUACGGAAAAGGUGCCGGUGAAAAAUGGCACGUUGGCAAUCUUCAUCCAGACUCUAAAACCCGAGAGCGACGUCCUGCAGGCGAAUCUCAUCAUCUCGAUAUUCGCCGCUGCUCCAGAGCUAGUCGCCGACUACACCUCCAAAAAGCAAAAGCUCGUGGUGCCCCCUGGAGACGACCCCUUAUGGCGAGGUCAAUUCGCAUUCCUGUUUUCUGUCGUCAAGCAACCCGUGCCGCCGAACUGUGGCUGGCCUGGCAAAACUCCGUCGACGCCUCCGCCACUUUCGAUUGUCAUCGAGAGCAUUCUCCCAAAGCCGCUGGACCGGAGCACAUUGACAAAAUGUCUACAAACCAAGGACGAUAUCAUCAUGAUCUCUGCCACCAGGGUGUUGACGGUGGCCUUGGAAAAGCUGGACUCGGCUUUGAAGAUCUUUGACACUGCGCCGUCCGACACCACACUGUGGGCCCAGGCUGCCACUAGACUGAUGAACCUCUUCAUUGAGCGUAUUCCGCCUCUACAGGAUUUGGUUACUGCACUGCAAAGUCUCGACAAAGAUAAUGAACAAGUCCGCACGACCGUCCUGGAAUGUAUGGCGACCUACCACAAGAUCUUGCCUUCCACUACCGUGGCCUCGAAGUUCGACAUUGGGCCGACUUUAAGCAAGACUCUCCAAAGUCUCGAGUCUGACAGUCUGGAGCAGGAAAGGAGAGAUGUGCUUCAGGAGCAGAUGACGCAUCUUGUGCAGAUUGCCGAUGCAUCACUGGCCACCAAAUGGUUUCAUAGAACAUCCUCUGAACCCACCUCGUUGGUUGUGCAACUGCUCCAAUACUGUGCUCAGUGGCCCGACACUGCCGUCACCAAGCAAUCUUUACCCGUCGUCCAAGCGGUUCUGUGCGGCAAAGGGAUCCUAAGUUCUACCAUGGCCGCCUUUCAAGCUCUACUCUUCAGUCUCACCCCGAGCAAGAAAUGGCAGCCGGAGAUCGAGAUGUAUCAGUUUCUAGACAACUGCAUCACACGCACGAUGCAACGGCCUGUGAAAUACCUGGAUCGUCUUGAACAGAUGCAACAGUUAUUGUCGGACACGACGGACUUGAGUCUCAUUGCCUGUUGCAUUGCCGAACAAUGGUCGUUUGUGCUGAAGAAGGAGGACAAAAGUGCCAGAAAGAACAUUGUGGGGUGGGUGGCAAGGCUCUUUUCAGCCCUGGAGGCUGCCGGCCAGAAUUGGCGUGUGCUGAAUCAUCUGCGAGAGGAGAUGGAACGACAAGCCGAGGGGAUGGAAAAAGCAAAAGCAGCAUUCGUGAAGGCUUUCGAGAAGCAACAAAAGAAGACCGUCACUCUGCCUCCGCUGGUCCCUACCGACAGUGGAGAGACGCCAGAGGCAGCAGAGUUAGGUUUGAACGACAAAACCCUCUCGGCUGAUCACGCAGCAACAAACACACAAUACCAGGAAACUGAAUCGGACAUGGACAUGGACAAGACGUUCGCUGCACCCGCACCAAUUCCGACCUCUCUCAGUGGCCUUGACCGCUGGACGAAGCCGGACUUCGAAUCCGAGAUCAAGUCGGGCCGUCUGGCCAGCCUUCUACGCUGUCUGAUUUCUCCCGACACCGAGAUCAGGCUCCAAGUAUUCCACACGCUCCAAACAGUCAUGCACGCCGUCGAGCAGUCGACGUUUCCCGAGAAGACACAGCUCUACCUCCUUCUGGGCGAAGUAUAUGAGACUCUACGCCUACACUCCAUCUCCCUCUCCGUCUCCCACUCUCAAACCCACACCCACACCGAUCCUUCGACCACUCUUUCCUCGGCCUCGUCUUCACUCCAACCAGCGCGACCACCACCAUCAAUCAUCGCCGAACUAGCCAUCCAGACUCUCCCUGUCCUAGCGGACCCAUCAUCCCCCUUCUACCGCAAAACCAACAAAUUCCUGCUCCGCGCCCCCAGCUGGCCCACGUCGUCCAUCCUCCCCUACUGGCUAUCGCUGACAUUCCUGACCGAGCCUGACAGCGACGACACGGAUGUGGGCGGCCAGAACGCGCAAGCGUUGGAAAUCGACCGGCUUCUCGACCUUCUGGCCAACUCGCUCCGCACGGAUUCGGACAUGGACCUCUUCCGCCGCGCGCACGUCUUCGCCCGGCUGUUUGCGUAUUUCCUGGCCCCCGUGUGUUCGAAGCAGGCGCGCAAGAAGAUCUUGCGCGUCGUGCACAUCGCCACUACGAUCCCCGGGGCAAGUGAUACGCUCAUUACUCGCGCCGGCGUGCGUGAGUGGUUGGCCAUUGCACGGAACUUGCGUGACCACAGUGGUCAUGGCGCGGCCCUGUUUGGGAAGGUCGAUGCUGAAAUCAGUUUGUUGGUGGAUGUGCUGGCGAAGGAGGUCGAGAGGAGCUGUGAUGCAGAGGCUAUUGCGCGGUGGGAGAGUCAAAGAUCGGUUUUCAAGGCGGGAGAUGCAACGGGUAUGGCGGGAGGUGAGAAGAAAGAUGGAUAG